GCUCAGUCUGUAACAAAGUCACGAAAUCAACUCUAGCCAACUUCCUUACCUAAUUGGUUAAGCACGACGUCAGUUAAAACCAGAGCCCGAAAAAUCCCUCCUUAAAACCUCCUGUCGAGCAACAGGUAAAGCAUUCGUCCAGGUGCGACCACUGGUUUAUUUCCUCGUUUAAAAAAGUGGAAUAACAGCAACAUCCGUGUUAAGGCGCCAGAGAACUUACUUUUACGAUUAAAAGAUCUCGAGUAAAAAUGGGGUGCUUUACAUUUGUGAAGGUUAUGAUGAUCCUCUUCAACCUCUUCAUCUUUCUUGCAGGAGGAGCCCUGUUGGGUGUUGGAAUAUGGGUUAGUGUGGAUGGAACGUCUUUUGUAAAAGUAAUUGGUCCUAUAUCUUCUCAAGCAAUGCAGUUUGUCAACAUCGGCUACUUCUGCAUUGUGAUUGGUGCUAUCUUGGUUAUCCUUGGAUUCCUGGGAUGUUGUGGAGCACAGAAAGAAAGUAAAUGCCUGCUAAUGCUGUUCUUCGCUAUUGUUCUUAUAAUCUUCAUUGCUGAAAUUGCUGCUGCUGUCGUGGCUCUGGUGUAUUCUUCUUUCGCAGAGAGUCUUCUCCGUGCCUGGGUAACUCCAGUACUAAGGGAUGACUAUGGAAAGCAGAAAGAUGUGACUGGAAUCUGGAAUACUACAAUGAGUGAACUGAAGUGUUGUGGCUUUACCAACUAUACAGAUUUUAGUGAUUCCUAUUACUUCAGAAAGAACAAUGAUACCUUCCCAUCGUUCUGCUGCAACACAACAGCAGCCGUUUGUACUGAAACGGUGGCAAUGAACAGCAGAAUACAGGGAUGUUUUCAACAACUCUUUGACAUUCUGAAAGAAAAUGCACACAUUGUUGGUGGGAUUGCUGCAGGAAUUUGUGUAUUAGAGAUUGCUGCAAUGGCGGUGUCAAUGUAUCUGUACUGCAAGAUUGAUGGAAAGGCUUAUGAAUGAGAGCCAGCGUAUUGCAAGUUGUCUAGGGAGUGUAAUGAAACUUCAGAUCAAUGUUCGAUUAUACCUGGAGUUGAAUUUCUUCAGACACUUAGAAUUUUGUAUUGGCAUCCAGUAAUUUUGUAUUAAACUCUAAGAAUCCAUUUACAAUGGAUGUGCAGAAAUCUUUCCGAGGAAAAUCCUUGCUGACACCAUUGCAUUUGUCCUGUCGCACUAGGCAAAGGUACCUCUGUUUUCCCAUAAUUUAAUUUUCUGGAAAUGAGGAAUAAGUGCAAAUGUUUUAAAUUUUGAGUACUUCUGGAAUUUGUCAGUGUGAUUCAAAAGUGACUGCCUUGUUUAGAUUUACUGGGGCAAGGGAGAGGAAUCAUUUCCUUCAUGUUGUAUCCGUUGGCUACACCUUCAAGUUUUUGACCCCUUGACCAAGAGCUAAUAUCUUCUUAAUUUUACCCACACUUUGAUAUAUUUAUUCACAUCUGCACUUUACAAAUUCUUGGUGUCUUGGUCUUGGAAACCUUUUGUACAUAGCACUUCUGAAAAAUGUACUGAGCAGUGUAAAUUGUUUCUUUUCUUGCAUAAAUACAAAUGAGGUAGGGCAAGACUAUAAAUUGAAUGAAUGCAUCGUCCUGACAUUGGCUAACAAUGUCACCUAGUCUUCUAUUGCACUGGAUAAGUGAUCCUCUUAAAUGAUAAAGCCUCUUGCUUUGUAUAUAACAUCGAAUAAUUGGCCUUUGUAUUUUGAUUAUGACUUUCAAUGAAGUUGAUUUGUAUAAUUUUUUUUGUCUUUUAAUAAAUUAUGAACUAAUGAAGUCUA